AUGUCUUCUCAUUCGAGCCUCACCAGCUCGUACCGCGCGCGCGCAGCCCUGCCAACAACAGGGCCAUUGGCUUCUUACCUACUGAGGCUGGUUUCUAUCAAGCAGACAAACCUCUGUCUUUCAGCCGAUGUAGAAACCUCAGCCGAGCUCAUCCAGCUGGCAGAAGAUGUGGGCGACUCCAUUUGCCUGCUCAAGACACACUGCGACAUUGUCACCGACUGGUCCGACAGAACGGCCCAGGCCCUACGCGAAGUCGCCAAGCGCAAGUGCUUCCUGAUUUUCGAGGACCGAAAGUUUGCAGAUAUUGGUGAAACCGUGCAGAAGCAAUAUACCUCUGGCCACCACCGCAUCGCGCUUUGGGCUGAGAUUACAAACGCACACGUACUCCCCGGUCCCGCCAUUGUCACCGCACUUGAGAAAGCUGCCGAAACCACAAUUACCAGACACAACACGUCGGUGAAUACCGAGAUCUUUGCGACACGCCAAACCAACGGAGCAGAUGAUGACGAUGACGACGAUUUCACGUACAACGAUUCCGCCAUCGAGUCUCCAAUCGAGAUGGAGGGCGAAGAGAGGCGGUUGAGCAUAAAGGCUCAGGACCGUAAGCACAGCGUUGUGAGCGUCACCACUUCGAUAUCGAUGCGAACGGAGAGCAUAUCGCCUCGUCCCGAACCGAACGGGGGCACCGAAGAAGUCUUCAGCCUUGACUCUGCCACUGAGCUCGUCCAUCUCGGCCCACCACCCUUUCUCCGAUCACUUCUGCUACUUGCCGAAAUGAGCUCAGCCGGUCACCUCAUGACACCCGAGUACCAGAAAGAGACUGUCAAGAUUGCGCGCGACCAUCGGGACUUCGUCAUGGGCUUCAUUGCGCAACGCAGCUUGAACACUGAGCCCGAAGACAAUUUCAUCACCAUGACACCCGGUUGCCAGCUACCACCUCCAGGCCAGGAGGGGAAGAAGCUAGGCGAUGCGCUCGGUCAGCAAUACAACACCCCCCAUAAGCUCAUCUUCGAGCAAGGGUGCGAUAUUAUCAUUGUCGGACGAGGCAUUGUUCGCGCAGAAGACCGAGUAGCAGAGGCAGAGAGGUACAGGAAGGCCGCUUGGUCCGCAUACGAGGAGAGGAUAAAAAAGGCGUGA